AUGAACAAAAGACGGCUUGGAUCUAGCAGUUCGAGACCCUAUGCAGUGGAAGCUGAUAAUGGUGCGCUGUCCACAGAGCAACACGCGUCCGCUUCAAUCUCGUCAGGUGACGAGAAAGGCGGCGAAGUGUCUACAGCCGAGGACGACGAUGAUGAUGAGUUCUAUGCGCUUCAAGAGAGCUUAGAAGAGUUAAGUGAUGACUCACUUUUUCAAGAUGUGGCGCCUGAUGCAUGCUCGCUCGAGCAGGCCGUUGCCUUUCGACAACGCCUGCGUAUUAUCGGCCCAGCUAAAUUUUGCGAAGAGACAGUCGAAGCUGGCACUAUUAGCGCUAGAAAACUUCUCUCUGCUUUUGGCAUUCGUCCACCUGAUUGUAUGGAUGGCUUACCCGAUGAUGCUUUUUAUGGGCUCUUAAGCCUAGCAAUCAGCCGAGAGCUAUCAAAGAGAAUUAAAUUACCACAAUACAAUACAGUUGAUGAUGCUGUCAAUCUCAUCAUAAAUGCCCAGAAUAUAAUUGUCCUCACAGGCGCAGGAAUCUCGACCUCUUUAGGUAUCCCGGAUUUCAGAUCUAAAGAUAUCGGUCUUUACUCAAAGCUAGAACAUCUUGGCUUAAAGGAUCCCCAAGAGGUCUUCGAUAUCAAUGUGUUUCGAGAAGACCCGAGUAUUUUCUAUUCAAUAGCGGGUGACAUACUCCCAGCCACUGAUCGCUUUACACCGACUCAUGCCUUUAUUCAUCUUUUGCAAGAAAAGGGUAAACUUCUCACUAACUACUCUCAGAACAUCGAUAAUAUUGAAUCUAUUGCCGGAAUACGGCCUGAUAAACUCAUCCAAUGUCACGGAUCUUUUGCGACUGCUUCCUGCGUCAAAUGCAAGUAUCAAGUUCCCGGUGAGGCAAUCUUCGACGACAUUAAAGCAGGUCGCAUUCCUCGUUGUGAAAAUUGUACGGAUAAGAUUCACUCUCUCAAAGUAUCUAGUUCCAUGAAGCGUAAGCGCUCCGGCACCGGCCAAGAUAAGAAACGUAAAAAUAAUGGAUACGGGGAUGAUGAUACAAGCUCUGGUGAAGAUUAUGAGGUUCCAGAGGCAGGUGUAAUGAAGCCAGACAUCACUUUCUUUGGUGAACCAUUACCUGAUAGAUUUUCUGAUCGAUUGACAAACCAUGACAAAAAUCUAGUCGAUUUAGUCAUAGUUAUUGGCACCUCUCUCAAAGUUGCGCCUGUCUCGGAAGUUGUCCCCUAUCUUCCGGCUCGGAUCCCGCAAAUGUACAUAUCACGAACGCCCGUCUCUCAUGUGAAUUUUGACAUGGACUUACUUGGAGACUGUGAUGUAGUCGUGACUGAGCUUUGCAGACGUGCUGGGUGGGACCUGAGACACGAAAUGGUAUCCGCGGAUCAAAAAAUUGAAGUUAACCUUCAGCCGGGGUUUUCCAGCCGUCACGUAUUCACAGCAAAAGCGUGA